AUGACAAAUAUUGCAAGAUCUCAUUCAAAUAUACAAUCUAAAAAAGCUGAUUUCAUUGAGUUUCUGUUUCCCCUUCCCGUAGGAGUCGUCUUCAGCAAUGGGAAACUGUGGAAGGAGACUCGGCGCUUUUCUCUCAUGACUCUGCGGAAUUUCGGUAUGGGGAAGAAGAGCAUUGAGGAGCGUGUUCAAGAGGAAGCCCAACGCCUUGUGAAAGAGUUGAGAAAAACCCAGGCCUCACCCUGUGAUCCAACUUUUGUCCUGUGCUGUGCUCCCUGCAAUGUGAUCUGCUCCAUUAUUUUCCAGAAUGGUUUUGAUUAUAAAGAUAAGGCUUUCCUUGAACUGCUGGAAAUGUUGAAUGAAAAUGUCAAAAUUCUGAGCUCCCCAUGGACACAGAUCUGCUCUAAUUUCCCUGUGCUCAUAGAUUAUUCCCCAGGGAGUCAUACAAAAUUACUUAAAAAUAUUUCUUAUAUAAGAAAUUACAUUUUGGAGAGAGUAAAAGAACACCAAGUGUCCCUGGAUAUUAACAAUCCUCGGGACUUCAUCGAUUGUUUCCUGAUCAAAAUGGAACAGGAAAAGAACAAACCACAGUCUGAAUUUACUCUUGAAAACUUGUUAAUCACUGUGUCUGAUAUAUUUGGAGCUGGGACAGAGUCAAUAAGCACCACACUAAGAUAUGCCCUCCUGCUCCUGCUAAAGCACCCAGAGGUUACAGCUAAAGUCCAGGAAGAGAUCCACCAUGUGAUCGGCAGACACCGGAGCCCCUGCAGGCAGGACAGGAGUCACAUGCCCUACACGGAUGCCAUGAUACAUGAGGUCCAGCGAUUCAUUGACCUCAUUCCCACCAGCCUGCCCCAUGCAGUGACCUGUGACAUUAAAUUCAGAAACUACUUCAUUCCCAAGGGCACAACCGUAAUAACAUCUCUGACAUCUGUACUGCACGAUGACAAAGAAUUCCCUAACCCAGAAGUCUUUGACCCUGGUCACUUCCUGGAUGAGAGUGGCAACUUUAAGAAAAGUGACUAUUUCGUGCCUUUCUCGACAGGUAAUAGAAAUUCAUCUCCAUGUGCACAUCAAGGGGCAAGGUAACUUUAUGGGACCAUC